AUGCUGCCUGCUCUGCUGCAUCUGCUGCUUCUGUCUCUGCCACUCACACUGCCACUUCCAUCACUCCUGAGACCUCUGACUCUGUUGUGCAGCAGCAGAAAACCUGUUGAAGAUGAAGAGAAAAAAGAGAACAACAAUAAUGAAGAAGAAGAAGAAGAAGAGAAGAAAGAUGAGUUAAUGAAGAUGAAGAGCAUCAAUCUGUCUAACUAG